GAUGGGCAGGCGGCGAGUCCGGGUCUGCGAGCAGGCUCUGUGGGCGGCGGGCCAUGGAUCGGGCCCUGUUCCGGGGCCUUACAGUGACCCCAGCUUCCAGCUGUCUCCUCGCCGAGCCCUGCACGUCUGUGCUCUCCUCUGUCCAGGCGGAGUGCACCUUCCGAUUAGCUGUAACACGGGAAGCUGGAAGGAGGCCGACCUACCCAUCUCACCCAUUUCACAGAUUUGCAAACUCAGAUCCAGAGAUAAGAUUUUGACUUGCUUGGUGUGUCGAAGAUAGUAUAAGGAAUGCCCUUGCUGUUAUUUGUAGGACAGAUAGACAUCCGACCAGCCUCUCCACUUCAGCAUCCCAGGUCAUUCAUUCAACAAGUAUUUAUUGAGCACUUCCAUGGGCCAGGAGCCAUGCGUGGACAGUGGAGCCUGCUCUUGGGCCCUGCCCGCCUCUGCCUGCGCCUGCUUCUGCUCCUGGGCUCCAGGCGCCGCUGCCCCCCUCUGCUCCGGGGCCUGGUGCAGCGCUGGCGCUAUGGCAAGGUCUGCUUGCGCUCCCUGCUCUACAACUCCUUCGGGGGCAGUGACACUGCUGUUGAUGCUGCCUUUGAGCCCAUCUACUGGCUGGUGGACAACGUGAUCCGCUGGUGCGGGGUGGUGUUCGUGGUGCUGGUGAUUGUGUUGACCAGCUCUAUUGUGGCCAUCGCCUACCUAUGUGUCCUACCCCUCAUCCUCCGAACCUACUCAGUGCCACGACUCUGCUGGCAUUUCUUCUAUAGUCACUGGAAUCUGAUCCUCAUCGUCUUCCAUUACUACCAGGCCAUCACCACUCCACCUGGAUAUCCACCCCAGGGCAGGAAUGAUAUCGCAACAGUCUCCAUCUGUAAGAAGUGCAUCUACCCCAAGCCAGCCCGAACACACCACUGCAGUGUCUGCAAUAGGUGUGUGCUGAAGAUGGAUCAUCACUGUCCCUGGCUAAACAACUGUGUGGGCCACUAUAACCAUCGGUACUUCUUCUCUUUCUGCUUUUUCAUGACUCUGGGCUGUGUCUACUGCAGUUACGGAAGCUGGGACCUUUUCCGGGAGGCUUAUGCUGCCAUCGAGAAAAUGAAACAGCUCGACAAGAACAAACUGCAGGCGGUUGCCAACCAGACUUAUCACCAGACCCCACCGCCCACCUUCUCCUUCCGAGAAAGGGUGACACACAAGAGUCUUGUCUACCUCUGGUUCCUGUGCAGUUCUGUGGCACUUGCCCUGGGUGCCCUAACUGUAUGGCAUGCUGUUCUCAUCAGUCGAGGUGAGACUAGCAUCGAAAGGCACAUCAACAAGAAGGAGAGACGUCGGCUGCAGGCCAAGGGCAGAGUUUUUAGGAAUCAUUACAACUAUGGCUGCCUGGACAACUGGAAGUUGUUCCUGGGUGUGGACACAGGAAGGCACUGGCUUACUCGGGUGCUGUUACCUUCCAGUCACCUGCCCCACGGAAAUGGAAUAAACUGGGACCCCCCUCCCUGGGUGACCGCUCAGUCAGCCUCUGUGAUGGCAGUGUGAGCUGGAUUCUGUUAGCCACAACUUGAGCAUCACUCUGCUUUCUGCAUUAUCUCAAGGCCUCCAAGGAUAGCUUCUUGGAAUUCUUGAGCAAAAAGCCAGUGGGCCUGCCUUAGGGUACCGUGCAGGGACAUCUCAAGGACCUAUCUCCUGGCCACUGCAGCAGCAAGGCACAAUGUGGAAAAAUUCCUAGGACUGAUGUUCCUUUACUCAGGCAAACAGAAGUUCCAGCCACAAACUGGAGAUUAGGCAGCUAGCAGCCUUGCCGGGUGCUGACCCCAACCUCCAGGUUACAGCACUGGAGUUGGCCGCCACCUCUUCCACGUGCUGUCUGAGAAAUUACCUGAAUGGUUGAACCGAGAUUCUGCCUUCCUAACAGGGCAAAGGUACAGGCCUGCUGCUGAGGUCACUGCCACUUCUCACAUGCUGAAGGGAGCAAAAAUAAAGGUAUUUGAUUUUUAAAGAUCUAUAGCUUCUUACUCUUUGCCACUACUUUAAGGCAGAGAGGGGAAAGUCAGGGUCAAGGCCUAGUGGGUAGGUAUUGUGGUCAUGCCACCUGUGCCCUACUUGGAGGGGUUAGAUGCCCUGAAGAAUUUCUGGCUAAUCCUUGUCAUUAUUAUUCUUGUAACUUACACAGUGACACUUCUAGUUACGUGCUGCUGAGGCCUAAGUGGGGGCAGGGGUGGGGGAGAGAAUGUCUGACAACCUCAGUAUCAAAAGAAAUCUUUAUUCUCCAGCAGAUAUACAUACAGGCACCACCCCUGGUCCUCAGGGCCACACUCACUUGCAUUCAGCCGUCAGCAGCAUCUUUUUCUGACAUACAAAUAUGGAAGCGCCUUAACAUCCUUCUUCAAACACAGGUAGUUUCACACUCAGUUAUUUCAUAAAUCCAUUAUAAACCCAGAUUCUUGUUUCUCAUACAGCUGUGCAGCAGAGGCCCAGCAUUUAUGCUGUAUCCGUGGGAAAGGCAGUCAGAGGCCAGUGGUCUCCCUGCCUUGGCAAGAUGGCUCAAUAGUCAGUAACUCCAGGUUAGACCAUCAGACCAGUCUAGGCCAGGACUGAGGGCUCAGCUGCCAGGGCUUCCUAGCAGAAACCUGCAGAUAACAGUAAUGUUGGCAGCAUUAGUGGUGAGGCUCAUUCCAGUCCCCUCUCCCCAAGACCUAGCAACUCACCAUUCUCCCCUGGCUGACACUGCUUCCUUGCGCACCAGUCUCUUCUUGUCAUCCAGAGGUUUGGCUAAGGCUCGGAUCACCUGUGGUUUGUAUGGCAGCAGCUGUGGAGUAAAAAGGGUUAAUCUUAGCUUUCUUCAACCAACAUGACGGGGGUGGAAAAAAGCCUCUUGUCUGCCUCUACAACUAAUAAUCUUUGUAUUCUGAAGGAUUUCAGAGAAUGCUAGGUGGCAGAUGACUAUUCUAUUGUAAUGUAUUCAGGCAAAUCCUUGCCUAUCUGUACCUUGCAGUUCAUACCUCCAUCACACAGCAGGGUGGCCAGUCAUGCUUAACUAAGGCAAAGAGGUACUUCUCUGGCUCUUAGAAGUUUCUGGGCCAGACAGGAAUGUGUGAGGUACUCACCACGGGGGUAGGCAGGCGAGUGAGCGCGUGCAUACACUGUAGUGCAGCAAUCCGAACAGCCUGGAACAUAACCAUAAGGAGGUGAGUGGAGACCUUGAGAAGGUGAGCUGUGGUGCCAAAAAGUUGCUGGGGCUAGCCCUGGCCAGAUACCUCAGUUAGAAUGUUGUCCCUAUAUGCCAAGGUUGCAUGUUUGAUCCCCAGUCAGGGCACAUACAAGAAUCAACCAAUGAACAUAUAAAUAAAUGGAAUUGCAAAUUGA